AUGAAGAAGGCCUCCCUUGGCUGUAUCUCUGCUGGGUUCCUCGCUGCUGUUGCGAUGGUGCAGGCGCUCGUCAUCGAACCACCGCGUCCUCCGCAAAGGCCGAUUACCGACAUGGUCGUGCUGGGAGACAGCUAUAGUGACUCUUGCAACGUGUACAAGCGUGACAACUCACUCACGCACCGGUAUCCAUUUCCCACCUGCCCACCGAAUCCCAAGGGCCGAGCAGACGGCGGCCGAUCCUGGCCCGAGUGGAUCCGUGUCGAUCAGCACCAGGUCGAGUCCAAGGGCUCGCCUCCUGGAGGCAGUCCCGUCAAGGGCCACGGGUCAAAUCAGUGGAACAUCGUCAACCUGGCCCAGAGUGGUGCAGUCUGUGACAACAACAUUUUCGGGCGGGCAGUGCCGGAUGUCGGUCAGCAAACGCACCUGUACCAGACACGUUACAACACCACGGCUCCCGCCGGCAAGAUUUACACUAACGCCAGCACAACGGUCCUAGCGCUCUUCAUCGGUACGAAUGAUGUCACCAUCAUCAACAACGGGACAGGGAACGUGCGACAGGAGACAGCAUGUGUAAAGCGCAGGCUCGAGAAGCUGCACGAUCUCGGCUUCCGGCGGUUCCUCGUCUUUGAGAACAUCAAGCUCCAAGACGCGCCACUGCUCAACACGCCGGACCAGCGACGACGGACAAAAGUCCACGUUCGACAGGACAACCAGGAGCAGGCACGUCUCUUCACCGAGCUUAACUUGGCCUGGAAGCACGAUGGGUCCCACAUUGAGACGUUCCCGGCUUUUGCUCUUUUCGAGCGAUUCCACGACCGGAACUCCGAGUAUGGCUUCACCGUUGUCGAUGAGCCGUGUGGCGCGUGCAAAAACCCCGAUGAGCACCUCUGGUACGACGCGCUUCAUCCCAGCUCAAGGGCCUUCCACAUCCUCGCUAGAAAGGUGGUGCGCUUCCUCGGCGGUGCUCGAGGAGAGCAUCUGCUCCGUGGCAGCGAAGGCCUGUAAGCAACGAUCGCCGGAUCCACAUCCUUUGCAAUCGCACCAGCUGGGACCACCGAAUAUUCCAGAGGCUAAUUAUCUUUGAGUCUGUUGCGGGUCGAUGAUCUGCAUACUCCCGAAUUCACUUUUUAUCCAAGGAUGGCGGGAAAUACACGUUCCUCCGCUAUCUCUGAUCCUCACUCCAAGGGAACGGGACGAGGGACUAGCGCCAUGUUUUUCCCCUUCGUCCUAG